AUGCCUCCUGCAAUCCUCACGAGACUUUCCAAGAGCUUGCGACAAAAGCAAAAGAACAUCACUUGCCAUUCUGAUGCGAAGCGGCAAUCUGAAGGUGAGACUUGUCCCAUUUGCUGGAAGAAUCUGCCCAAGAAGCCCCAAUGUUUGCCGUGCAAUCAUGAAUUCUGCAAGGGCUGCAUUGUGGAUUUGAGAGAGCAUGCCAAUAGCGUGCAUACAAUCCCCAAGUGUCCCAUUUGUCGGGGUCCUUUGGAACAAGCCAACUUUAAGCGAGUCUACAAGCGGGCUUGUCAUCACGAAAACAUUGCUUCCACUCUGAUUGGACUGGGUGCAGCACCCGUGGAAGCCAACACGGGACAAACAACUACAUCAUCAUUAAUGACGACACAGGAAAACUCGCUUACCUUUUUGAAUCAUGAAGUCAUUCGUGAGUAUGGAUUGGCAGCCAAGAAAUUUGAAGAAUGUUUGAAUAUUCUAGACGAUGAGGCUUCAAGAACCCUCACGCCCAAGGAAGAGUCCAAACACAAGCAAUUCAAGGUGGCCACCCUGAUGAAAUUGCAACACUGUCUGCGAUAUUCCGAGGUUGCACACGAUCGCCGGAUCUCGUUACUCAAAGAAGCCAUCUUGCUCAGUUCCAAACCCAUUCCGGAAGCCCACUUGCAACUGGGCAAGAUUUUUCUCCAAGACGAAGAAGAUUCUACAGACUUGGCGAUUGGUGAGUUUCAAUCCAUUUUGAAAUUGGCCGAACAAUCACGAUUGGUCAGUGGUUCCAAAAAAGCCAAGAAGCUACGAGGCAGGACUCAUUUUCAAAUGGCCAUGGCCUAUCAAGACGAAAACAUGAUUGCGGAAGCUGCCAAUCACUACGACUUGGCCCACAAGUACAAGAGCUGUUGGGAUUAUUACAUGGCCUCCAAAUGCUUUUCCUUGGUUGGCAAUCUCCCCAAAGCGAUUGAAUUUUGCAAAUUGGCCUUGGAGAGGGAAGAAGAUCUCGGCGACGCCAGGUGCGAUACCCAUUUGCUCUUGAUUUCCAUUUACGAAAAAUUGUUCUUGGUGGAACAGUUGGAGGGUUCCCUGCAAGAAUCCAAGCAUUACAAAUAUCAUCAGGAUAUCGAACAAUAUUGUUCCUCUCUCAUCAAGGCCAAGAAGUUGGCCUCGAAUUCGCAAGAACGCUCCGAAUUGUAUCUCAGAUUGGAUACCUUGCAAGGAUUGAUUCCUUGGAAAUUGGACACCAUUCAAGAACACUUUCCUCCCAAGACGUGGUUGGCUACCACCAACACUGCCAGUACUUCUUGUAGAACGGGACGAUCGGCAGCCUUUACGGAAGAUAGCGAAAAUACCUUUGAAAUGGGGGAAAUGGAAGACAAUAAUAGCAUGUAUUCCAAUUCGUUGUACAGUACGAGCUUUGACCAUGAUUGCAAGGAUCAUGAUGGUGAAAAUCAUCAUGGCAGUGACCAUGAUGAUGAUAAUAAUGAUGGCAGUGAGGAUGAAGAUAGCGAUUACUAUGAUGAGGAGGACGAUGACGAGGGUGAUGUACUAUCCAAGGAUGUGCAUUCAGAUGACGAUACUGGUGAUGAAUGGACCGAAGAUAGUCAUGAUAUUGUCUCUGUGGAUCCAGUUAUGGAAGACGACGUUUCCUUGCAUGAUGAUGAUGAUGAGGAAAAAGACGGCGAUGAUGAUCAGGAUGAUGAUAGUCAUGAAGAUGCCAUGGAUGAUUCUGAUGAUAAUCACGAUAACGACGACGAGGAAGAGGAUUUCGAACCAGAAACGAAUGACCAUGUAGAAGUAGAAAAUGGUGGCAAUGUACUAGAAGCUACACAAUGUAUUAUGCAAGAGCCAGAAACAGACGACGAGGAACAUUCCGAAGCCAACGAACUAAUGGAAGACAGUCAUGAUGAUGCUACUCCAGAUGGUGAUGACCAAGAAGACCAGCCUCUGGAGACAGCGAAGGAUGAUGAGCAAAAUGGCCAUUCAAAAUUGGGAGCAGCCAAUGAUGAUAAUGAUGAAAAGAAAGAUCCUAUUCCAGAUCUAGUUGCUGACUCUGGUGUGGACGAGGAUGCUUCUGCUGUGAAGAUGGAAGAGGAAUCCGAUGAAGCUAGUCUAUAA